AUGUCUUCACUCUACCAUGCAUUUCUACUCUGCCAGGUUUGGACAGUCUACUGUGAGGCAGCCGGCAGUCUUCAUCCCGUCAAUUCGACUGCUUAUAGAGCAGCAAACGCGACAGCUCUAGAAUUUUGGCUAAAGAUUGCCCCUACCAUUACAAAUUUCCUGUCAAUUUCUGAAGACGCAGCUGCAAUUAACGGUCACUUGUUGACGGUACUAGAAGAACUGAAGGAAUGCCGAUCAAUUAUUGUCGAUAAGGAUUACCCCUACAGGCUACGUGAAAAGCUUUGGGAAUAUUUAUGGGUAUUUCACGGCAUAGAAUUGAUGCCUACAUAUCCUGGUCAGUCACUUGGCUUGGCUCAACAUUCACGACUUUUGAAAUGA